AUGCAUGUUACUGAAACAAAGUCGAAAUCCGAAAUGGGCGCUGGGGAUCCCUCUGAGGCCUGUCGUCUCUCAACCAGACGACCAAAACCCGGCUUCUCGGGCCAUCUCUGGCAAAUCGCGCGUGCAAUCUCCACUCGCUUCCCCUCCCUAGACAGUCUUCCGCCGCCUUCUAACCAACUCAAUGGUAAGUUGCCGCCGCCCAUUUCCUUCGGCGGGGCUUGCAUCUGCAGGCAUUUCAUGCCUGAAGUUUCAUAA